AUUAAUACCAUAAAAUAGUUAUUAGUUUAAAAAGAAAGAAAGAAAGAAAUAUAUAUUCAUUCAUAGAUAGAUAGAAAUUAAAUGUAGAAUAAUCAAAACUAUAAGGUCUAAUAUUAACCUGUUUAAUAGUCGUAUAGUGAUUCUGAUUUGUUAGAUUCUCAAGUUUGUGAUCCUUUGUAAGUCAAUUAUUAGAGAGCUAAGCACGUAUUAGGUUUCUUUUCUUAGUAGCCAGAUCUAACUCACAAGAAUAUUAAAAGUUGGCAUGAGAAUAUUAUAGAAUUUGACUCAAAGAUCAGCAGUCUAGUAUCUAAAUACCAAAAUGAACAAAAUAUGCCAAAUAUGCUCAAGGAGCUUUGCUAGAUGUAUGAAGAAAUAAGAAUCAAAUUCGAUAUAUACAUGAAAAAAAUCCCUUUAGAGCUUUACUAAUAGUUAUAGCAGCAAUUUAUUGAUAACUUGAAAGUGAUGCCAAACGAUCUCUCUCAAAAGAAUCCAUGCAUGUGCUAAAGCUUUAAUUAUUCUAGUCAAAUAUAUCAAAAAGAAGAUAGACAGACAGAAUAUAAGAACUAUCAGCUCAACAGCUUGCAGAAAGAAUAAUACCGCGAAAUCAUUAAAAAGACCAUCACAUCGUUCCUUAAUUGCUAAGGAGGCACUAUAUUCUUGGGCAUCAGAGAUUUUGAUUUAACAGUUCAGGGUGUUGAUUUAUCAAGAAAGAAUACUGAUGAAUUAAAAAAUAUUGUGUCAGAAAUAAAAAGAUAAAUAGAGCCAGAUUGCAGUCAGCUUGUAAAUGUUGACUUUAUACCUGUAAAGAAAUGGGGCACAUUUUAUUAAGGAAAGUGGGUCGUUCGUAUAAAGGUUGCACAAGGAGAUCUGAACACUCUUUAUGCAUAUACUAAACCUAAUGAUAAAUACAGCUUUGAAAGCGCUUUUAGAGAUGAUGGCUCUUGCUAGAGAUACGAAUUACAAAAAUUCAUCAAUGAGAUAAGGAAUAUACAUUAUAAAGGUAGACCAAAGUCUGAACCUAUUUAAUACGUAGAACCUGAUCCUUAAUAUUAUCUUUGUGAAGCAAACGAAGUGCAGAACAUAUAUCAAAAGUACAAAUAAGAAAUAAAUCCUUUAUUUUAGAAUAAUAAUAAAAAUCAAAAUAGUUCUAAAAAGCAAAACCAAAAUUAGGAUAAAUAAUAAAAUAAUAAAUAAAAUCAGCAAAUAAUCUCAAAUAAUAAUUAAAAACAAAAUUAGAAUUAGAUAAAUAAUUAUAGUAAUUCAAUGGAACAUAAAUUAGAAUUAUAAGAAAAGUUAUAGAAAAUCGAAUAGCUCUAAUAGUAAAUUAAAAAUGAAAACCUAAAGACUUAAAAGCUUUAAAAUGAAUUUAAUAAUGCCUAAAAAACAAUUAAGUCACUAGAGGAAUAAAAUAAAAAUAUUUAAGUUACUCAAUAACGUAUAGAGAUCCUGAAAUAAGAGUUGCAAAGUAAAAAUAAUGAGUUGCAAAUUAAAAAUAAUGAGUUGCAAAGCAAAAAUAAUGAAGUACUCUUACUCAAAAUGCAGAUAGAUUAAAAUAAGAGUUCAUACGAUUCUGAAAAGUUAAUUUUCCAACAAAGAUGUUAGUCUUUAUAAGAAAAUAUAGAACAAUAGAAACAGUUGAUUGAAUAAUCAAAACAUUUAAAUUAAUAAUAUUCAGAUCAAAUCAAAAUGUUAAGAGAAACAAUUUAAAUUUAGAACUAAUAAUAAAAUUCAAAUGCUAGUUUCUAAAAUUAAAACAUCUAAAAUGACAAUUUUUAGAGAUAAAACAAUUAAUCUAACUACAAUAAAAAUUAAUACUAAAAUAAUAAAUUCAAUAAUAACUCAAACAAAAACUAUGAUGACUAAAACUAAAAUUAAGAACAUGAUAAUAAUAAUUAAAACAGAGAAUAAAAUAAUUUUAAUUAAAAUAGAGACCAAAAUAAUUACAAUAAUAAAAAUAAUUAUAAUUUUAACAAAAAUAAGAAUAAUUAUAACAGAGAUUACAAUAAUUAAAAUUAUAACAGAGAUAAUAAUAGUUAAACUUAUAGCAGCAGAGAUUAGAAUAAUUAAGAUUAUAACAGAGAUUAAAAUAAUUAAAGUUUUCACAAAGAUUAAAAUAAUUAAAAUUAUAACAAAGAUUAGAACAAUUAGAAUCAAAAUCGAGACAAUCAAAAGUAAAAUAAUGAUAAAUUCUAAAAUGAAUAAUAAAAAAAAGAUUAAAUAGAUUAAAAUAAAAUUGAAGUCAAGGAGCUUAACAAUUUCAUUAAAUAGGUUGAAAGUUAAAAUAAUUCUAGCAGUAAAUAAAACUAAAAUCCUAACUUAGAAAAGUAAUAGUAAUAAUAGUAAAGAAACAACCGUGCAAGGAAGUAAAAAGAUGACGAUGAUAAAGAAUAUAAAUAUGAAAGAAAUGACAGCUUUGAAAAAAAAGAUGAUUAUGACCAAAAAGAUGAAAUUAAUCCAAAUUAAAAAAGCAGCAAAUAAUAAAAAUAAAAAGAUUUUAAACACCCUACAAAUGAAGAUAAUUCACAAAAUGAUGACUUCCAUUUAGUGUAAAAGACAAAAGGAAAGAAAAAAAAAGUUGUAUAUGAGCAAGUAUAUCAGGGUAUAGAAUAAGUAAUUGCAGAAUCUUAAAAGGACAUUAUUAACUAAUAGAAUAAUUAAAAAUUAAAUUAUUCAUAAAAUAAAUUUGAUGAGUUGUCCCAAAUUUACGAUAAUGAUAACCCAAUUAUGCCAAAAUAAAAUUAAGAAGAGUUGAAAGAAAUAGAAGAAGAUGAUAAUGACGAAGAAUUAAAUGAAGAAGAAGAUAAAAUUAAUAAAACUAAGAUUGAGUUUCCAAAAGAUAUUGAUUCAAUAAGUCAAAAAGAUUUGGAAUAGUAUAAGUUUUAUAUUUCAAUAGUUUUUGGUUUUGAGCACAGAUUAGCAUAAGCACUAAAAAUUAUUAAUUCGACAUUAUCUGAAGAAAAACCAUACAUUUUAGUAUCCAAAAAAAAUAUAAUAUUCCUCUUCUUCUCAAAUUCACUUCUAGCAAAAAAGGCUUGGAAUAUUAUCCAUAAGUAAGAUGGGCCUUUUAUGUCAGACAAACAGUAAUUUCAAUUUAUGAAAAUGAAUUUUAAAUAUUAGAAAAAAAAUACUUAAAUUGACUAUAACACCAAAGAAAAAUAAUAAAUUGCCUUAAUCUAUAUAAAUAACAUAUCUAAAGAAAACUAAAAUGAAUUAAAAUAAAUAUUUUCAUGUGAUAGUGUAAUUUAAGCUUACAAUGGAUGGCUUCUUGCGACUGAGUAGCAUAAACUCUUUGACUUAAAUAUUAAAAAAACUAAAAAGCUUUUAAAAUCGAAGGAAAAAAGCUUAGGAAUUGUAAUAGGAACAACUGUAACUUUAAAGCAAAUAGAAAAAAAUUAAGAAAUGGAUAAAUUAAUCUUAGAGAAAAUAGUUCAAAGCUUUUUGUUUAAAAACGUAAAAAUAAAUAAAUCUAAUGAUAAAAAAGAGAUUACUUUAUCAUUUGAAUGCCAAAUAGAUGCUUACAUUGCCUAUUAGAUUUUAUAUGAAUAAAAAGAUAUAUCUUAACUUUUCUAAAAUAAUAACAAAUUAAUAGAAAUAGAAAGUUUGUUAGCAGUACCAUUUAAUUUUGAUGAGCAAUAAUGA